AACUUCCGAGCGAAGCCAUUUUCUAAACAAUGCAGAGCCGCAUUUCCAGGAAAAUUGUGGAAUAUGACAACACCCUACCACUAACACAUGUUUUAUGAUAUUUUCAAAGACCAACGAAGAUUCUCUUAUCCUUCUCGCUUAUCCCCAACAUAACUGCGAACAUCACCUUGAAUUGACCAUGACAUCCUACCCAACGGGCCAAGGUGUCAAUUGCUUGGAAGUGGACGAAUUCCACAGUCGGCAAGCUGAGAUUCGUGGCUUUAAUUAACUUUAUACUUUAAGUUCGUUAUACCUCGGUUGUAUUCUUGCAUGUUAAGGUUUCGCGGCACCCUGUCUUGUUGGAGAAGUCAAUCGUAUUGAUACUCGAAUGCUGUAAUUUAAGUUGGAUUGUUGGUUUUUAAGGUUACCCACAUUUUAUUUUUCAGUCUUGGCAAGUCUAUUCUAUCAUGGAGCAGCUUCCAUAUGGCAAUACAAUCCUUCAAGAAUUACAGAGGCAGAUAGAAGGAGCAGUGCUUUCCCAAAGGUUCAUCCCAUUCCAGACCAUACAUAUGCACUAUUCCAGCCUACAUAGGAUUCUGUUGGUUGGAGAGGGAGACUUCUCGUUUUCUUCUUCCUUGGCCACAGCAUUUGGGUCUGCAGAGAAUAUUGUAGCAACAUCACUUAAUAGCAAAGAGAUGGUUUUAAGAUUUUACAAAUCUGCGGGGAAUUCAAUUUUUAACUUACUAAGUCGUGGAGCAUGUGUGCUGCAUGAUGUGGAUGCAACCAUAAUAAAUCAGCUGGGGAUCUUCAAGGGAACCAUGUUUGACAGAAUUGUGUUUAAUUUCCCUCAUUCAGGCUUUUGGGGCAAGGAAGACAGCGAUGAGGUUAUUAAUAAGCACAGGGAUUUAGUGAGUAAGUUUUUUCAGAGUGCAAGAAUGCUCCUGAGCUGUAUGGGAGAAAUCCAUGUCAGCCACAAGGAGGGGUUGACAUAUGGAAAAUGGAAUUUGGUAGGAGAAGCAAUGAAGGCCGGACUUUCUUUAAAGGAUUGUGUCACUUUCAGAAUAACAGAUUAUCCAGGAUACACAAACAAAAGGGGAAGUGGUGCCCGCAUUGACGAUAGUUUUCCCUUGGGAGAGUGUAAGACAUACAAAUUCAUGUUCACUCCUGCUGCCUUCAUAGAAAAGGAAUUGAUGCUGGUGAGGGAGCAAUCUUAUUGUAACGCCCCUCAACCACAAAUGUGGAUCUGAGGACAUAAACAUGGGGCUGCAGAAAAGGAUAUCGCUUUCCAGUUAUAUUAGAAACUUCAAAUCCAGACACUAAUAUUUUGACUGUCAUUACAGGGUCACAUUUUGACUGUCAUAACAGGAUCUAUGUCUAACAAGGCUGUAGUUUGUCAUAUUUUGAUGAUUGGGAAAAUUUGUCUCAAUUUGAUAUAGUUGUAUCUGAGAAAACAGUGUCAAUAGGCCCUGUUUGGGAAUUUGUUGGGUAAGGAUUUGUUUGGCAAUUCCUAAUUGGAUUGACCCAAUGAUAAUGUAUAAAGAUCGAAGACAAUUAGCAGUCAUGCAAUAUGCCCAUUGGAUGUGGAAGUAAUGUUCAUGUUGCAAGGUUUCGCUUGUGAUGUAUAUAUGUACUAGAUUCUCUCUAUCUUAAAUAUGUACUACAUGAUUUAAAUGAA